AUGCUCUUUCAACUGGGAAACCCUGUUAUCACAGGUUUUUCCUACCUGGGUCGCACAGACAGUUAUAAGAGGAGCGUUUGGUCUUUAGGAGAGCAGUACAUCAAAGAAUAUAAUGACUGGUUCCGGGAGCAGCAAACACAGUUUUUACUGGGAAGGAAUAACUUUAAUGACUUUUUGAACUUCAUGGAGCAUCUGUCCUUCCAGUGUGACAAGCUGUUGGGAGACAAAGAGAUGAUAACUUUCCUCCAGAGGGAAAACUACAACAUCAUCAUCCUGGAUGCUUUCAAUCCCUGUUCCUUCAUCCUGGCUCAUAAACUUGGUGUCUCAUACAUCGCCUUCUACCCCGGCACUCUGAACGGUCCUCUGUCCAUCGCACUGCCCAGCCCUGUCUCCUACAUCCCUGUCUUUGGCUCCCAGCUGUCCCACCACAUGGACCUCUGGGGACGUGCAAAAAACCUCUUCUUUUCUCUCCUGGCUCCUGUUGGCCAGGAAAUUGUGUGGUUGAAAUUUAAAGAAGUAGCCGAACGCCAUCUUGAGUCCGGUCCACCCCCUGGUGGUCUGAACGAGUUACAUCAAGGAGCUGAACUCUGGGCCUUCAACACUGACUUUUCUCUGGAGUUCCCCCAGCCUCUCAUGCCCUACACUGUGCUGGUGGGAGGUCUGCUGAAUAAACCCGCAAAGCCACUGGAGCAGGAUAUGGAGCUUUGGAUCUCCAGUUUUGGAGAGGCCGGUUUCAUUAUUGUGACUCUGGGGUCAAUGAUCUCUUCGGUCUCUGUGGCUCCUCUGCUUGUGGAACUGGUGGCUGGUUUCUCCAUGAUCCCUCAGGGGGUGCUCUGGAGGUAUGACUCCCAUCGAUGGCCGUCUCAUGUUGACAGACCAAUCAAUGUCAGACUUGUGGACUGGCUUCCCAUAAAUGACCUGCUAGGACACAAAAAAGCUCGUGUUUUCAUCACCCAUGGUGGACAAAACAGCCUGCUGCAGGCAGUGUACCAUGCUGUUCCUGUGCUGGGAAUCCCUCUGUUUGGAGACCAAUUUGAUAAUGUGGUGAGGGCUGAAACAAAGGGACUUGGCCUCUCCAUCAACCCCACACACAUUACCCGGGAGCUGCUGAACACCACCAUUCAGACGCUCAUACAGGACACCGGGUUCAAGUCAUCAACUGUUGCCCUCAGCAAGAUUCACAAAUCGCACCCUGUCCCUCCCGACAUCCGACUGGUCCAGUGGGUUGAGCACAUUCUGCACAGUGAAGGUGGGAGUCAUCUGAGGCCAGUGUCUUUAGCACAGCCUUGGUACCAGAGGUACCUGUUGGACUUGAUGUUUCUUCUGGGCCUAGGUCUUCUUGCACUGGCUCUUCUUGGUUGGAACAUGUGUGGCAAAAGAAAUAGUGCCGAUAAAGAAAAAAAGAUCCAGUAA